UCUUUUUUUUUUUAAUUCAAAAAUCCCAUUUCUCUACUUUUGGUUUUGUUAAGUUUAUAGUUGGGUAGAUGAACAAACUUUGACAGUUUUUGACGGAGAAAACAAAGAAAAAAAAAAAAACUUGGCGUUAUCUAUUUUUGUUAUUUAUUAUAUAUUUGUCAUGAGCUGCUUAUGACCCUUUUUUUAAGAAAAGAGACUUGCAAGUAUGACAUUGUUUCUGUUGAAUUUAAAUACAAGGGAAAAUUGUGAUUUGUUGUUCUGGAAAAAUCUGAUUGGAAAAGAGUUUAAGAGUUAGCUUUGGAUUUGGUAGAGAAAUCUACCAACAAUAUCUUAUUCUUUUAUUACGAGGCCGAAUUUUAUAGGAGCAGAAGUUUGUCAUGUCAAUUAUUUAGUCUUUUUGAAAGGGAAGUAAGGCCAUAUAAAUGUAUUCAGUCUUGAGAGAUUGUUGAUGCGAUUCAGAUUCUCUUUCUCAUUGUUGAUCUUGGAAAGUUUGUUGGAUAAAAGAUGGUAGGAAGCAUUGAUAAUAGGAACCGAAAUGUGUACUUAAACGGGACUAUGCAGAACAACAAUGGCUUGGAAGAGAAGCUUGAUGAGCUAAGAACCUUUCUUGGGAAGACCAAUAGUGAUCCGUUAAGGAUUGUUGGCGUGGGGGCUGGCGCCUGGGGGAGCGUUUUCGCCGCGCUGCUGCAAGAUAGCUAUGGACAGUUCCGGGACAAGGUGCAGAUAAGGAUAUGGAGAAGGGCGGGAAGAGCUAUUGAUAGGGCGACGGCGGAACGCCUCUUUGAAGUGAUCAACUCGAGGGAGGAUGUGCUUAGGAGGUUGAUCCGCCGAUGCGCGUACCUAAAGUACGUCGAGGCAAGGCUUGGGGAUCGAACACUCUAUGCGGAUGAGAUCUUGAAGGACGGAUUUUGCUUGAACAUGAUCGACACCCCGCUCUGUCCUUUGAAGGUUGUGACGAACUUGCAGGAGGCGGUUUGGGAUGCCGACAUUGUGGUGAAUGGCUUGCCUUCGACCGAGACUAGAGAGGUUUUCGAAGAGAUUAGCAAGUAUUGGAAGGAAAGGAUCACAGUGCCUAUCAUAAUCUCUUUGGCUAAAGGUAUUGAGGCCGCUUUGGAACCGGUUCCGCAUUUGAUAACUCCGACGCAAAUGAUCAAGCGGGCAACUGGGACCCCUAUAGAGAACAUUCUUUACCUCGGUGGACCGAACAUCGCUUCAGAGAUCUACAACAAGGAAUACGCGAAUGCUCGGUUAUGUGGAGCUGAGAAGUGGAGAAAACCACUGGCAAAAUUUCUAAGGCAGCCCCAUUUUAUUGUGUGGGACAAUAGUGAUCUUGUCACACAUGAAGUCAUGGGUGGCUUGAAAAAUGUCUAUGCCAUUGGUGCAGGAAUGGUAGCGGCGCUUACAAAGGAGAGUGCUACUAGCAAAUCGGUAUAUUUUGCGCAUUGUACAUCGGAGAUGAUAUUCAUUACUCAUUUGUUGUCCGAAGAGCCUGAGAGGCUUGCAGGGCCUUUGCUGGCGGACACAUACGUAACCUUGUUGAAAGGGCGUAAUGCAUGGUACGGCCAAAUGAUAGCAAAAGGCGAAUUAAGCCGGGAUAUGGGCGAUAGUAUCAGCGGCAAAGGGAUGAUUCAGGGUGUGUCUGCAGUGGGAGCUUUUUAUGAACUUCUAAGUCAGUCAAGCCUAAAUGUAUUGCAUCCUGAAGAGAACAAGCCUGUUGCUCCUGUACAGCUCUGUCCUAUCUUGAAGACGCUAUACAAAAUACUGAUAACCGGGGAACAGUCACCACAAGCCAUUCUUGAAGCCUUAAGGGAUGAAACCUUAAACGAUCCGAGGGAGCGAAUUGAGAUUGCACAAAGCCAUGUUUUCUACAGGCCUUCACUUCUUGGACAGCCUUGAUUAGUUUGCAAAUUGCAACUCAUAUAUUUUGGUACAAUAUAAUAUAUCUCUAUAGAAGUAAACUAAAAGAACUGAGCUGUAAAUGGAAAAUAUCUUGGAUUUUUUGUUUUCGGAAGUGAAAUGUGUACGUUUUCCUUGUGUUUUCAACAAUAAGUUGAUGAGUUGACUGA